AUGGAACUUGCCAAGUUUCUCGCCCUUUUGGCCGUCGUCCUCCCCGUUACCUACGGCGCGCCAACGCAGGCCGCCGCCACCGGCGAGCUCCAUCCCAAGAUUCUCGAGGCCAUGAAGCGCGACCUCGGACUCGACGCCGACCAGGCCCACGCUCGCGUGGCCCGCGAAGCCGCCGCCGCCAACGUCAUUGAGCAGAUGCGCGGCUCGGCGGGCGAGUCCUUUGCCGGUGCCUGGUUCGACGCCGACACGCUGCACAUUGGCGUCACGGACGAGGCCCUGGCCGGCGAGGUGACGGCCGCGGGCGCCACGCCCAUUGUCAUGACCAACAGCCUGUCCAAGCUCGAAAAGGCCAAGGCGGAUCUCGACAAGGUCUUUAUCCCGCAGGCCAACACCUUGAGCGGCGGGUCCGCUUCGGGUUCUGGUUCUGGUUCUUCUUCUUCGGCCGCUGGCGGCUCUUCUUCGGCCGCUGGCCCCGGCAUUGCGUCGUUUUUCGUCGACGUUGCCUCCAACAGGCUCGUCAUUGAGGCGAUCGGCGACAACCACGGCCGGGCCGAGGAGCUGGCUGCGCAGAUUGGCCUCGCCUCGGGCGAGUACGAGGUGCGCACGGUCGAGGAGCUGCCGACCCUGUAUGCUGCUGCCUCUGUGCAGGGCGGCGACAACUACUUCAUCGACAAUGCCUCGCGCUGCUCCGUCGGCUUCGCCGUGACGACCGGCUUCGUCUCCGCGGGCCACUGCGGCCAGACGGGCUCGUCGGCGACGACGCCGCGCGGCCAGCCGCUGGGCACCUUUGCGGGCUCCGUGUUCCCCGGCAGCGCCGACAUGAGCUACGUGCGCACCGUAAGUGGCACCGGCCUCAACGGCUCCAUCAACGGCUACGGGCAGGGCAACUUACCCGUCUCAGGCAGCAACGUGGCCGCCGUCGGGGCCAGCGUCUGCCGCUCCGGCGCCACCACCCAGGUGCACUGCGGCACGAUUCGCGCCCGCGGCGCCACCAUCAACUACCAGGAAGGGUCCGUCACCGGCCUCACCCAGACGACCGUCUGCGCCGAGCAGGGCGACUCGGGCGGCUCCUUUUACGCAGGAUCACAGGCGCAGGGCGUCACCUCGGGAGGCAACGGCAACUGCCGCACGGGAGGAAUCACCUAUUUCCAGCCCGUCAAUGAAAUUCUCGAAACUUUUGGCCUUACCCUGGUCACGGGAUAA